AUGAAACUCUCGGCUGCCUUGGCGCAACUGCCGUACUCGCUGCUCGUCGCGUCAUUGACCCUCACCGCCAUCGCAGCGCCAGUCGAAUCCGUGGGGCUCGACGUUCUCGAGCCAGACAACUUCGAAUCAACAAUAGCACAGGGUGUAUGGUUCAUUGAACACUUCUCCCCAUAUUGCCCUCACUGCCGCGACUUCAUGCCCACCUGGGAGCAGCUCGUCGCCGACACCCAGAAGAGCGCCGACCCAGGCAUUCACCUUGCGCAAGUCAACUGCGCCAUCAACGGUGAUCUCUGCACCAAGAACGGCGUCACGGGCUAUCCCCAGAUGAAUCUUUACCGUAAUGGCGUCUUCCAAGAGAUGUUCAGCGGUGCACGAGACUACGACCGGCUCACUGCGUUCAUCUCCACGCACGCCGAGCCGACGACUGUGGCCGAGCCAGAGCCAGAGCCAGAGCCAGAACCUACCUCCGCGCCCGCCGCGCUGGUCGUGGAGGACAGGUAUAUUGCAGAGCACAGAGAGUCAUACCGCGCUGCCCCCGCACGGGACCUCAACCCGUCGGGUACGGUGCUGGAGCUGAAUGAGAACACGUUCCGGGACGUGGUAGACGAUGGAAUGAUUUUCGUCAAAUUCUUCGCGCCGUGGUGUGGUCACUGUAAAAAGCUCGCCCCCGUGUGGAGGGAGCUUGCAGUGGAGAUGCAGCACAAGCUGGCGAUUGCUGAGGUUAACUGCGAUGACCAUAACGCACUCUGCCACGCGGAGGGUGUCACCGGUUUUCCGAUGCUUGUGUACUACGGAGGCAAAGACGGAGGCAAGACUGAAUACACCAGCGGGCGCAAACUCGAACAGCUCAAGGCAUUCGCGGAGAAGAUCUCUGGGCCACCGAUGCGCGAAAUGAACUUUGAGGAUCUGCACGCCCGCGUAGAGGAGCACCCCGUGCUCUACCUCCUUUUGCACCCUCCAACUUCUAACUGGCCGAUCAACCACCUCCUUGACGCGUCACACAUCCUGUUCGGUUCCCCUCCCAUCUACACCUCUACCUCCAGUCGGCUGUACUCCCAUUUCGGCAUCACUCCCGAUGCCUCGAUCAUCCUCGCCCUGAAAGAUGGCGACGACGCCGCUCCCGCAGCCGUGUACCAGUUCACGACGCAGGCCAACGCAGACCACGAGAAAGAGUCACUCACAUCCUGGCUGCUACGCAACCGCCUCCCGCUGAGCCUCGCGCUCUCCUCGGACAACUUCCAGGACGUGAUGAAUGCGCCGCACAAGCCGCUCGUCGUGCUCGCCGCGGCGGCGCCGUCCGCGCUGCAGGCGGACAUCGCGCCGGAGAUGCGCGAGCUCGCGCGCCAGUGGCGGGACGCGCGCGGUAGCGCUGCGGUCGUGUUUGCGUGGAUGGACGCGGAGCGCUGGGCGUCGUGGCUCAAGGGCAUGUACGGCAUCAAGCCCGACGCGCUGCCCCGCGUCGUCAUCGCUGACCAUUCGGGUCUUGUUUACUGGGACACGGACCACUUCGGGGAGAAGAUCCAGCUGUCGUCGUCGAGUCUCUUCUCUGCGAUCAACGGCGCGCUCUCUAGGACGAUUAAGCCUAAGCACUCCGAAAACUUUGUGGAACGCAUGGCCCGCUACCUCAACGGCCGCCUCAUGGCCACGGAGAAGUACGUGUCCGCGCACCCUUGGAGCACCGUCUGCUUCGUGCUGCUCUUCGUCGCCGUCUUCGCUUGGGCCCUGUUGCGCCUCUUUGCGGACAGCCCUGAGUUCCGCGAGGUCGCGCGGGGCAAGGGUGACAGGCUAGACUGA